GGGGGGGUUAAUUUUCCUCCUGGUUUAAUAAAUAAUUAUUGUAUCUGCGAGAGGGGGUGGUGGGACCACCGACUCUUCAGCUCUUGCGCUGGAGGAGCGCGAACGAUCGAGAACUCCAACCCACUGCAGUUGUGCUGGUAUUAAGAGCUAAGGGAAUGAAAAGUCAGCAUGGAUGCCCAGUCACACAGCACUACUGCGGCUGAAAAGAAAAAAGUAGAAAAUUCCAUUGUAAAGGGAUCUCCUCGCACAGAUGUCAGUGAAAAAGCCAUAGCCUCCAGUACUACGUCCAAUGAUGAUGAAAGUCCUGGCACGUAUCACAGAGAAAGAAGAAACGCAAUUGCAAUGCAGCCACACACUGGUGGACAGAGCUUGAGCAAAAUCGGUGAAGAGCCAUCAACCUCCAGUGAAGACAGAGCUUCUCUAAUAAAGAAGGAAAUUCAUGGGUCUUUGUCACAUAUACCUGAGCCUUCUAUCCCAUACCGUGGGGCACUUUUUACAAUGGAUCCAAGAAAUGGCUAUAUGGACCCACACUAUCCUCCACACCCACUUUUCCCGUCCUUCCACCCACCUGUUCCAAUUGAUGCCAGACAUCAUGAGGGGCGCUAUCACUAUGAUCCAUCACCUCUUGCCCCGCUGCACAUGCCUCCCUCCCUCUCAGGUAGCCCAGCAUUUUCUGACAUCUCGCUCAUCAGAAUUUCCCCACACAGAACUCCCGUUGGCACUUCAGAGCCUGUGUUUAACCCACCGCAUCCAUACAUUAACCCCUACGUGGACUACAUUAGGUCUCUGCACAGCAGCCCCUCUCUGUCAAUGAUCUCUGCAGCCAGGGGACUCAGCCCCACUGAUGUACCGCAUGCUGGAGUCAACCCAGCAGAAUAUUACCACCAGAUGGCUCUGUUGACUGGUCACCGUAGCCCAUACAGUGACAUCCUUCCUCCAGCUGGCACAGCUGGUGCUCUGCACAUGGAAUACCUCCAUGCAAUGGAGGGCUCCCGAUUCCCCAGUCCAAGGCUGUCAGCCAGGCCAAGCCGAAAGCGUACCCUGUCUAUAUCCCCAUUGUCUGAUCCCAACUUUGACCUUCAGACUAUGAUAAGAACUUCCCCUAACUCCUUGGUCACCAUCCUCAAUAACUCCCGCAGCAGCUCCUCCACUAGUGGAUCCUACGGUCACUUAUCUGCUGGCGCAAUAAGUCCUGCCCUCAGCUUUCCUUAUCCUGCCACACCAGUUGCCAUUCAACAAAUGCACCACCAGAUAAUGAGCCGUCAGCAAACUCUGGGUUCUGCCUUUGGCCACAGUCCUCCUCUCAUCCACCCUGCUCCAACGUUUGCUCCGCAGCGCCAUGUGCCAGGCCUGCCCACUGUACUAGCCCCUGCACAGAUUACCUCCUGCCCUUCUGAAUCUGCUCAGAGUAAGCCAACUAGUGAGUCUGCAGUGAGCAGCACUGGCGACCCAAUGCAAAAUAAGCGCUCACGGAUUAAAGCUGAUGAAGAACUGCCGAGCCCAGGUGGUGGGAGUGAGCAGGAACAGCCGGAAGGAAUGACACUGGUCAAAGAGGAGGUAGAUAAAGAUGAAAGCAAGCAGGAGCCGGAAGUGAUUUAUGAAACAAACUGCCACUGGGAAGGAUGCUCAAGAGAAUUUGACACACAGGAGCAGUUAGUCCAUCACAUUAAUAAUGACCACAUCCAUGGAGAGAAGAAAGAGUUUGUGUGCCGGUGGCAGGACUGCUCUCGAGAACAGAAGCCAUUCAAAGCCCAGUACAUGCUCGUGGUACACAUGAGGCGACAUACUGGGGAGAAGCCACACAAGUGCACUUUUGAAGGCUGUGCAAAGGCCUACUCCAGACUGGAAAACUUGAAAACGCACCUGCGGUCUCACACUGGAGAAAAGCCGUAUGUCUGUGAGCAUGAGGGCUGUAACAAAGCGUUCUCCAAUGCAUCGGAUCGGGCAAAGCACCAGAACAGAACUCACUCAAAUGAGAAACCUUACGUUUGUAAGAUUCCCGGCUGCACAAAGCGCUACACUGAUCCCAGUUCCCUCCGAAAACACGUCAAAACAGUCCAUGGCCCCGAGGCUCACAUCACAAAAAAACAACGUGGAGAUAUCCACCCACGACCUCCAGCACCCAGGGAUCCAGCCAGUAACUCCCAGUCCAAAUCUCCUGGACAGCAGCAGGCUGAACUGAACCAUGCUACCUCAAAGCAGGAAGAAUGUCUACAAGUUAAGGCUAUCAAGAAAGAGAAACCAAUGACAUCUCAGCCAAGCCCUGGUGGUCAGUCUUCGUGCAGCAGUGAACCGUCCCCCUUCAGCAACCACUCCAACAGUGGGAUCGAGCUUAAUCUGAAUAGCGGAGGCAGUGUGGGAGAUCUCAGUGCCACUGAUGAGGCACCAAUCAUGGACUCUACAGUUUCCACAGCAACCACAGCAUUAGGCCUGCAGGCCAGAAGGAAUUUGACAGGGACCAGGUGGAUGGAGCAGCUAAAGGUGGAGAGGUUGAAACAAAUCAAUGGAUUCCUUCCCAGAGUCAACACUGUGCCAGCUACCAAAAAUAUAGCUUUGCCUCCUCUUCCAGGAAGUGGCCCUCAGCUGGACAGCUCUAGUGUUGGAGGAUCCAUGACUAUCCUGCCAAACAGAAACGAACUUUCAAACGCAGAUGUCACGAUGUUAAAUAAGCUGAAUGAGAGACGUGACAGCGCCACCAGUACCAUUAGCUCUGCGUAUAUGAGCAGCCGCAGGUCUUCUGGCAUUUCACCUUAUCUUUCAAGUAGAAGGUCCAGUGAGGUCUCCCAGGCUGAAGGCCGACCAAACAACCUGAGUGUUACAGAUUCGUAUGAUCCCAUCUCAACAGAUGCAUCCAGGCGGUCAAGUGAAGCGAGCCAAUGUGGUGGGCUACCUGGGCUACUGAGCCUCACUCCAGCACAGCAUUAUCGGCUGAAAGCCAAAUAUGCCGCAGCCAUAGGUGGACCACCACCGACUCCAUUGCCGAACAUGGAGCGGAUGAGCUUAAAGGCACGGAUGGCCCUGUUAGGUGACUAUAGAGACACAGAAAUAUUUCCCCUGCCUCAAAUAAAUGUUUCUCGAAGGUGCAGUGACGGGGCAUCCAAUGGAUUUGGCAGGAGGCCUCUGUUGCUUAAUGAUGUGCCAGGCAAUGGGAUAAGAAGAGCCAGUGAUCCAGUGCGAACUGUGGCAGAAUCUUUCUCUACGCCCCCAGUACACCGUUAUAACAGUCUCAAUAAUGUUAACCCUGUCCCUGUGCCCCCUCCAAUGGAACGGCGUAAUUUCAGCCUUCAGAACUACACUCGCUCCGAUGGGAACCUCCAUCGCAAUGUCUACUCUCCUUGCCCUCCUAGUAUCAGUGAGAAUGUUGUCCAGGAGGCCAUUGCUAUGGAAACUUACGACCACAUUGAUGAGGAUAUCUUGCCAGAUGACGUAGUUCAGUAUAUUAGCUCACAAAGUAAUAAAGUAGGCAGUCGGCUCCAGAGUGAAAUAAAUAUGUCAAGUCAGGGCAUAUACGACCAUCUGCCAAACGUGCCAUCCAGUGACAUGCAGCAAGAUCACAUAGUUGCCAUGCCUUCUUUCGACCAGCCUCAGUCUGCAGUCCAGCAGUUCCACAGCCCACAGGUGAAUUCUGAAACAAAUAAGGACGAUCUGCCAAUUCAAUGGAAUGAAGUAAGCUCAGGAAGUGUGGACAUGUCACCUCAAAAACAAAAGUACAGGCAACGAGCCGUGGGAGGUGUGCAACAAGGUCGGAUGCUUGGACUGUUUACCAGCACAACAAAUCCUCAGCAAAACCUUCCAACAGUUCAACAGAAUGCAUUUGCGUGUCAGCCAAUUGGUUAUCAACAGUGUAUGGAGAUGGCUCCAUGUAGCGUUCAACGGAACGUUAAGAUUGCAAAUCCCCAAACAACGAAAGGUCAUCAACAUAACCAAAACCUAAACAGACAGAUGUUUAUUUCUGCACCUGGGGAGUUCCCUUACACUGCAAAUUUACCAAACCAGGAGUUGGAGUCAGACAGCUUGCAAGUCAGUGACAGUCAAGAUGGAUCCACAUUUUCUUCAUUGGAAGCACAGCAUCAGGCAACAAAGGUGGCCAGUGGGAUGCAAAACAGAAAUAUGAUGGUGCAGAAUUUCAUUCAGUGUCAGCAAGUUGUCAAUCAGCAGACAAUGGAAGGGUUACAUUUCCACAGUGUGAAUGGCUCUGCUCAAGUGAACAUCAGUGAUUCAGGCAUCACUGGAUUGGGUAACCAGCCACCUCAAGCUGCUGUAUUUCUAGGGCUUCAAGGUUCCCAACAAAUUUCUCAUAAUCCAGGAAAUCAACAGUUUGGAUCGCACAUACCAAAAGGUCAUCAAAUAUAUUCAAACCAUAAUGCCAACAAGCAGCCAAGUCCCCCGACAAAUCGAGUAACCCAUCAUCAAAACAGUUUAGGUAACAUUAACCAGAUGUACAGGAUGACCAGUAUUAAGACAGAGAUGCAAGACCAGCCACAGCUCCUGCACAGUUCAUGCUCCAAUGUGCAGCAUUACAACCGGCAAGGUUAUAAUCAAAACUCUACCUUCAAACAGCAAGCCAUGAAAACUGUUACAUUCACUGGUCAGGAGACGAACUGCCAGCUACAGCAGACUGGCCAUUCCAAGUCUUCAGAGCUGCUUUCUCCAGGUUCUAAUCAAGUGACUAGCACCGUUGACGGCAAUAGCCUAGACACUGUACAGAUUGAUUUUGAUGCAAUCCUAGAUGAUGAAGACCAUGGCAGUUUAAUAUCAGGAGCACUGAGUCCAAGCAUUCUGCAAAAUCUCUCCCAGACUUCUUCUCGCCUCAAUACCCCACGCACGUCUCUCACAUUCCACAGCAUGCCUGUGAGCACUACAAACAUGGCCAUUGGUGACAUGACCUCCUUGCUGACUUCACUUGCAGAAGAAAGCAAAUUCUUAACAGUUAUGCCAUAAAGAUCCAGAUAAUGGGCAGGGUGUUUUCUCUCCUUUAGCCACCUAAGUACUUUUUAACCAUUCCGUCCCAACCAAGGGAUGCAUUCCAUUAAAUUCCUUAUAUGGGAUUAAAGGUGUCUGAAUUUAGGUGUUCCCGCACACCAUGCUUGGGAGAAUAUGUCUUCCACUGCAGUGACAUUUUUAAAUUGAACGGCAUCAGUAUUUUAAGUUAGUAUUUGUUUUUUUUUCAUUCUGUUUACUGAAUAAAGAGCUACGGUAAAUGUUUAAUAUGCAUGUUUAGAACACUAAGGCCAAACGUAAGCACUGUUCCCUGUAGUUAUUGUAACAACCACAAGUUUUGUGUAUUUUGUCUGAUGUCAGCAUUUUCACAGGAGACAUUUCACUUUAGGGUAAUUUUUAAUGAGUGACUGUCCUUGUGAAACUAUUGACAAAUAUUAUUGGUUUCUCGAUCGAAGCCAAGAAAAAUCUUUGACUCAGGUAGGUCUUAUAGUUGAUAUUUCUACUCUGUCGACCUACAGAAGUUUUAAAGGUGAUGUGAAGGCUUUGCAGCCAGGAUGCUUGAGUAUCUUUUAUUGACUGUUGAAUGGAACACUUCUAUUGUUUUCAGUUGUUUUAUUUGUUUUUUGUUAUGUUUAACUUUUUUUUUGUCAGGAAAGCCAUAUGGAGACCAGUACUAGUUUUAGAACAUUUAUUUUAGUAAUUGUUUGGCUCUGUAGUACUGUAAGCAUUCUAAAGUAGAUGUGAUCAUUUCUAGGAUAGCAUAGUAUACUAGAACAUAUUGGUUGUGCUUCACAAAAAGCAGCAUGUUAUUUGCUGGAUGUUUAUAAGGUAUGUGCCUUAUUUUUUGUGUCAGUUUUACACAUAGGGACCAACAAUACUGCCAAAAUUUUGACUUGAUAGCUGUGCUUGAUGUUAAGCAAUUAGCACUCCAUUGUUUAGUAUUCCCUGUUUGAGAUGUCACACAGGCAGCUUAGGACUUGUGCAUUAAAGCUUAUGGUGUAUCUGAUUUAAAUACUUUCACCAUUGUAGUUCAUCUUGUAAAAUACACACUGUACUUUCAAUAUUUUUCAGUAUUUUUUAGACUUUUUGGUGAAAACAUUAAUGAAAUGUAAUCCCCUUAAUGUAAAUACCUUCAUGUAGAAUUAGAAAGGCCGCUCUGAAUUUCCUUGGUGUUGGCUCUUCAAGUACCACCAAGACUUCAUGUGGCUCUCACUCAGACCCAACCCUGUAGCAGUGUAUGUAAACAUCUUUCGCUUUGGAAACUACUUAGCUGUUGUGCAACAAAAGAACAAAAGUUUGUACAAUUUUAAUAAACCUCUCA